GUUGGAACUCUUCUCUGAUGGAGGUAGUAUUUUAGCGGAGGUGUAAACAUCAAAUGGAGAUAGCGACAGAACAUUUCUACUCAUUUCAUGAUUCAUGUGUAGGCCAUGAUCAUCCAAAAUGGACAUAGGAUUAAAAUGACUGAUGCUGGCUUUGGAUAACGAAAUUAUUGGAUAUCUCAAAGGAUGGUUUGCGAUUUCAGCUAUUGAUCAGCUGCUCAGUUUGUCUACAUUAUCAUCAUAACAUCAGAGAUGUCAUCGGAUGAUAUGUGUCAAUAUGCUUCAUGUGAGGACUCCCGGAAUUCUGUUCAGGCUGACAGUGAUGAUGUGUGUGAUGAAAUCAAGAGGAAAUGGGAGAGAGAACAGGAAGCCUUGAAAUCUCGACUAGUUCUGGAGGAUUCUGAUGCUGUACAGGAGUUGACCCAGAUGAUUGACAGCAGUGAAGGUGAUUUGGACAAAACGUUUUAUGUUGGAGGAGUUGACGUUUCAUUUGUGAAGGGAGACAGUGUGAAUGCCUGUGCUGCUCUUGUUGUGGUAGAAUUCCCGAAUAUGAAGGUUGUUUAUGAGGAUUACCAGAUGGUAGAGUUAACUGCCCCUUACAUAGCUGGCUUCUUGGCAUUCAGGGAAGUGGGUUUCCUUGUUGGUUUGGUAGACAGACUGAGAGAAACCAGACCAGAGUAUUUACCUCAUGUCAUAAUGGUGGAUGGGAAUGGCCUGCUUCAUGUCAGAGGUUUUGGUCUAGCCUGUCAGCUUGGUGUCCUCCUGGAUCUACCCUGUAUAGGUGUGGCCAAAACUCUUUACCAAAUUGAUGGUUUGGAGAAAAACACAGAACACACAGAAAUGAUAAAGGAUCUCCUGAAGAAAGGUGGAGACACAUUUCCACUGGUGGGGCUGUCAGGGACAACUCUUGGCAUGGCCCUGAGAAGCCAUGCCUCCACCAACCCUAUUUACAUCUCUCAGGGUCACAAGGUAUCCCUGGAAUCCUGUGUUAAGAUUGUGUACAGAUGCUGUAAAUAUAGGAUACCUGAGCCAGUCCGUAAGGCUGACAUUAAUUCAAGAGAGUACCUACGUGUAAAUUUUAAACCAUCCUGAUGUGCAGUUGUUUGGGAUUGAUGAUUUAUGGCGUAUUCAAAAUUACUGCCAUUAUAGCCAUAAUGCAACUGCAAAAGUUUCUUGAUUGGCAGCAACAAGAACAUCUUGAAGAAACUUCUGAUCAUUAACCAUUUACAAGUAGGUCUUGAUGGCUUUGAACUAUUUGCUUGGAUACUGGACUUCAGAAGCACACUUCCAGCCAGUGGAUCAGAGUGCUACCGUAAGGGGCGUUAAUCAAAUUCCACCAGAAACACCUCACCAUUAUCUGCAGCUUGUCUCGUAACAUUAGCAUGCCCUCACAAACGUGCAGUGUACAAUGUACCUUGUGUUUCAUUUCAGAAAUACAAUUGCAGAAAUCAUAUGAAAAACAUGGGUAUGUAGAUUUUUAGAUUUUUUAUUAAAAGUCAGUACACAUGUAACCCUUUUAACAGUACAAUACAUGAUCAUUUUAUAUUUGACAGAUACACCAUAUACAUGUAGUCAUUUGGCAUUAAUUCACUAACUGAUCAUCAGUGCUAUGUCAUGGUGUAAUAGUAUCAUGAUGUGACCAGCCCAGAGCAUCACAUCAUUUAAAAACCACGAACAUGAAUAUCUAGUUCUGAUUUUGGAACAUAAAGCUACAUAUAUAAUGUCAAAAUAUUCCUAAAUGAACUUGCCGUUUUGGUUUGUUUUUUCUUAUUACAAACAUACCAUAUAUAAGUUUGAUACAAUUGGCCCAGUUUUGUAGCCGGUUUUGAUAAGAUGUUUUACUCUGUAUUCACUGUGAUUCAACUUUAAGUGGAUAAGAUGCAAAGUUUGGAAUUUGUUAAUGUUUUAUUGUUUAUACUACAUAGUUGUAUUUUUUAAUACUUUUUAAUAA